AUGAUUGGCCUGAUUCUACAAUUGGCAUCCCAGCUGACGGAAUGUAGCAAGAAUCUCAUUGGAGAAGCAGUCAUGGGAGGGGCUGGAUUGAAGUUAGAUGUGCUGACCUUUGUCCUGUUCCAGGCACCUUUCUCAUUGCUUUUCUUGGCAGUUGGGGUCUUUUGCUCCUGGACUCCAGAUGUGGUAUCGGAUUUCAAGAAGCAUUGGCACUGGCUCAUUGUGAAUGCUUGCAUCGCUUUCUUGCUGAAUGUGCUGAUAGCAGUGACCUUGAAGAAACUCUCAGCCUUGGCCUUUGUGAUCAUUGGAGUUGUCAAGGACAUGGUGAUUGUGUCUUCUUCCUCUUUGGUCUUUGGCGAUCCCAUUAGCCGAGCACAAGAGGUUGGUUUCGCGGUGACCAUCACAGGUGUUCUGCUGUGGAGCCGCUUGAAGCUGCAGGAGCAGGCUGCCAGACCUAAGAGACGGUGGGACUUUCCACCCUUGGUGACGAAGCAAAACUGGCAGGAGUCGAAGAUGCCUAUGGCAUCCUAUGGCCUACUUUGCUUGAUUCUUUCAUUUGGCUGCUUGUUUAACAACACCAGCCCUGCCCUCGCUGCAUCAUUUUGCACUUGGUUUUGUGCUUUUCAUACUUGA